GGCUGCUGGACCGACCGGACCGCGAGGGCCGCUGGGCGGCGGUCGGCUCCUGCUGCCCCUGUGCCGAGACCCCGCGCACCUGGCCAGGCCCCUGGCCCCAACAUGGCCCGUCGCUCCCAGAGCUCCUCCCAGGGGGACAACCCCCUGGCUCCUGGGUAUCUGCCCCCUCACUACAAAGAGUACUAUCGCCUGGCAGUGGAUGCGUUAGCUGAGGGUGGGCAAGAGGCCUAUAGCCGCUUCCUGGCAACCGAGGGGGCUCCUGCCUUCCUGUGCCCCGAAGAAUUGGAGCACGUUAGCCGCCACCUGCGGCCCCCACAGCAUGCUACCCGUGAGACCCCGGAGGGCAGCUCACCAGACGUGGACAUGGACGGCUCCUCGGGAACCUACUGGCCUGUCAACUCAGACCAGGCUGUGCCCGAGCUCGACCUGGGCUGGCCCCUGACCUUCGGCUUCCAGGGUACCGAAGUCACCACCCUGGUGCAGCCGCCACCCCCUGACAGCCCCAGCAUCAAAGAUGAGGCACGCAGGAUGAUCCGCUCUGCCCAGCAGGUGGUAGCGGUGGUGAUGGACAUGUUCACCGACGUGGACCUGUUGGGUGAGGUGCUGGAGGCAGCAGCGCGUCGGGUCCCUGUCUACAUCCUGCUGGACGAGAUGAACGCACAGCACUUCCUGGAUAUGGCCGACAAGUGUCGUGUCAACCUGCACCACGUGGAUUUCUUACGCGUGCGCACUGUGGCGGGCCCCACCUACUACUGCCGCACGGGCAAGUCUUUCAAAGGCCACGUGAAGGAGAAGUUCCUGCUAGUGGACUGCGCUGUGGUGAUGAGCGGGAACUAUAGCUUCAUGUGGUCCUUCGAGAAGAUCCACCGCAGCCUGGCGCACGUGUUCCAGGGAGAAUUGGUCUCCAGCUUCGACGAGGAGUUCCGCAUCCUCUUCGCACAGUCGGAGCCGCUGGUGCCCGCGGCCGGGGCACUGGCCCGCAUGGACGCCUAUGCCUUGGCUCCGUAUUCGGGCGCGGGACCCCUCAUGGGAGGCCUGGGGCCCGGGGCAAUGACCCCCUUCUCCUUCCCCAAGCGUGCACACCUUCUGUUCCCGCCACCACGGGAAGAGGGCCUGGGCUUCCCCUCGUUCCUCGACCCCGAUCGCCAUUUCCUGUCGGCCUUCCGUCGGGAAGAGCACCCACGGGGCCCCGGGGGCGUCCUGGAGCCACACGCGGGAAUGCGGCCUCUAGCGCGGCGGCUGGAUGCGGAGGUCGGGCCCGGCGGGGAGCUGGCGGGGCAGCGUGGCUUCUUCCAGGCGCGGCACCUGGAGAUGGACGCCUUCAAGCGACACAGCUACGCGACUGCAGACGGCGCUGGCGCCGUGGAGAACUUCGCGGCGCGGCAGGUGUCUCGCCAGACCUUCCUCAGCCACGGCGACGAUUUCCGCUUCCAGACGAGCCACUUCCACCGAGACCAGGUCUACCAGCAGCAUUACCAGUGGGAUCCGCAGCUCGCACCGGCGCGUUCACAGGGCUUGUUCGAGAAGCUGCGAGCCGGACGCCCCGGCUUCGCAGAGCCUGAGGACUUCGCGCUGGGUGGCGGAGCGCGCUAUCCGGAGCUCCGACCCGACGGCCACCUGCGCCUGGAAUACGUGCCGUCCAGCUCAUCGCGGGAGGUGCGCCAUGGCUCGGACCCAGCCUUCGAGCCCAGCCCCCGAGGCCUGGAGCCCGGCGGGCCCUCUCGCCCCAACCUGAGCCAGCGAUUCCCAUGCCAGACGUCGGCUAGGCUCAGCCCUGAGGCUGCGCUCGAAGGGGAGCCGGAGCGCAGGGCUGGACCCGAGGGACGGGCUGGCCUGAGGCACUGGCGCCUGGCCUCGUACCUGAGCGGCUGCCAUGGCGAGGACACUGGCGAUGAGGGCUUGCCAGGGCCCAUGGAGGCCGAGGCCUAUGAAGAUGAUGUGCUGGGCCCCGGGGGUCGGGCAGUCGCCGGGGACAUGCUCCCUUCGGCCUUCCGUGGUCCCACGGCCUUCCCGGCUAAGGGGCCAGGGCCGGGCUCGGGCGGCACUGGUGGCGACAGCUCGGAGCGCGAAGGCCCUGAGGAACUGAGCCUAGUCAAGCAAGACUCGUUCAGAUCGCGCCUGAACCCUCUGAUCCAGCGCAGCUCGCGGCUGCGCUCCUCGCUUAUUUUCAGUGCGUCUCAGGCGGAAGGUGCGGGCGCGGCCGCCGCUACCACCGAGAAAGUGCAGCUGAUGCACAAGGAGCAGACGGUCAGCGAGACGCUGGGCCCAGGCGGCGAAGCCGUGCGCUCCACUGCCUCCGCCAAGGUGGCCGAGCUCUUAGAGAAGUACAAGGGUCCGGCCCGUGAUCCGGGCGGCGGCGCCGUUACCGUGGCCAGCCAUAGCAAGGCGGUCGUGUCCCAGGCGUGGAAGGAGGAGGUGGCAGCGCCCAGCGGCACAGGGGGCGAGCGCCGCAGCCUCGAGAGCUGUCUGCUUGACCUUCGCGACUCUUUCGCACAGAGGCUGAAUCAAGAAGCCGAACGGCAGCCGGGCGCCGCCACGCUCACGGCUACGCAGCUCCUCGACACGCUGGGCCGGAGUGGUGCAGACCGGCUGCCCUCCCGCUUCCUCUCGGCCCAGGGCCGGACGGUCUCUCCUCAAGGGCGGGACAGUCCCCCACCGGAGGUGUCUGGGGCUCACCAGAUGCCCCACUCCGAGCCUAAAGGGAGCCCCACGCCAGGAUUUCCCGCUCGGAGAGGAAGCCCAACACCCGCAUUUAACGAGCAGAGAGGGAACCCCACCUCAGUCUACCCAGAGCACAAGGGCAGCCCCACCUCUGCUUACCCAGAGCGCAAGGGGAGUCCCACUUCCGCCUACCCCGAGCGCAGGGGCAGCCCAGUGCCCCCCGUGCCUGAACGCAGGGGCAGCCCAGUGCCCCCCGUGCCUGAGCGCAGGGGCAGCCCAGUGCCCCCCGUGCCGGAACGCAGGGGCAGCCUCACCCUUGCUUUUGCCGGGGAGUCUCCGAAAUCUGGGCUCUCGGAGGAGCCGCCGGGUGGUCCCAUGGAGGUCCUGCGCAAGGGCUCGCUGCGCUUCAGGCAGCUGCUGAGCCCCAAGGGCGAGCGGAGGUCAGACGAGGAGGGUGGCUUCACAAUGCCACAGGAGAACGGGCAGCCCGAGAGCCCACGGCGGCCGUCGCUGGGUCGGGGCGAUAGCACCGAAGCCACCACAGAAGACCGGGGCCCACGAGGAACGCGUGUGACCUCGGCCACGGCCAAUGCUUUGUACAGCAGCAACCUGCGGGACGACACCAAGGUUAUUUUAGAGCAGAUAAGCGCUCACGGUCAGAAGCACCGUGGUGUCCCCGCGCCAAGCCCCACCCCAGCCCACAGCAGCCCCGAGCUUGGCCGCUCACCAGCUGCCGGAGGCCUGGCCCCUGACAUGUCCGACAAGGACAAAUGUUCAGCCAUCUUCCGCUCGGACAGCCUCGGGGCUCAAAGCCGACUAAGCCGCACGCUGCCGGCUAGCGCGGAGGAGCGCGACCGGCUGCUAAGACGCAUGGAGAGCAUGCGCAAAGAGAAGCGCGUGUACAGCCGCUUCGAGGUCUUCUGCAAAAAGGAGGACGCUGGAGGCCCCAGCUCAGGAGAAGGCCUGGCCGAGGAGGAUGCCAGGGACAGCAAGGUGGGCAAGUUCAUGCCCAAGAUCCUGGGCACGUUCAAGGGCAAGAAGUGA